AUGAGUUCCAAUCUCACGAGUCCUCCCAAGAAAACCAUAUCUAGAGAUGAAUGGGAGCAACGUUUAGCAAAAGUAAAAGUCAAUAAACAAGAUUUAAAUCAGCUUGUAAUGAAUUACCUUGUAGUAGAGGGUUAUAAAGAUGCAGCAGAGCAAUUUAGUUUGGAAAGUGGGUUAGCACCUUCUGUAGAUUUGCAGUCAAUUCAAGAUAGAUUGGAUAUUCGUCAUGCCAUUCAGUCAGGCGAUGUUGACACCGCGAUCGACUUGGUUAACGAUCUAAAUCCUGAGAUAUUAGACACCAAUCCUCAUUUAUUCUUUCACCUACAACAACAACGCCUUAUUGAAUUAAUACGUAAAGGCGAAUAUCGAGAAGCAUUAGAAUUUGCGUCAGAGGAAAUGGCACCGCGAGGCGAAGAACAUCCUGAAUUUUUAGAAGAGUUAGAGAAAACUAUGACUCUGCUUGCUUUUAAAGACUGUGAAGAGUCUCCAGUACAGGAUUUGCUUCAUCCAGGUCAACGGCAGAAGACAGCCAGUGAGCUUAACGCAGCUAUUUUAAUGAGUCAAUCACAGGAAAAGGAUCCAAAGUUACCCAAUCUAUUAAAGAUGUUAGCGUGGAGUCAAGAACAAUUGGACGAAAGGUUGGUUUAUCCUCGUAUUGAUAAUUGGGACAUAUUCCAGUCUGUUACACGGGUAACAGAAAGUGAUUUAUCCCGAGAUUCUUAA